AUGGCUCUGCAGGUGGAGGUGACCAAAAUAAGAGUAAAUGAGUCCUGUACCAAGGCGGAGCUGAAGUGUAAGAGCAACUGCACCGGGGAUGUUUCUUAUGUCUGGCUCAAGAAUGGAGAGAAGAACAAUCAAGUUCUACAACAGGUAGGACCUAAUUUACAGUUAACAUAUGUUAGCAUAUUUCCUCCAGAUGCUCCAAAGCUUCCCUCUGUGUCAGUGAGUCCCUCUGCUGAGAUAGUGGAGGGCAGUUCAGUCACUCUGACCUGUAGCAGUGAUGCUAACCCAGCAGCUAACUACACCUGGUACAAGGAGGAGCUAUUCCUGACUUGGCCACGAGAGGGCGUUCAUCAUUUCACCUCCAUCAGCUCUGAGAACAGAGGAAACUACUCCUGCAAGUCAGAGAAUCAGUAUGGACAGAUCAACUCUUCACGUGUGUUUAUAAAUGUCCAGUAUGCUCCAAAGCUUCCCUCUGUGUCAGUGAGUCCCUCUGCUGAGAUAGUGGAGGACAGUUCAGUCACUCUGACCUGUAGCAGUGAUGCUAACCCAGCAGCUAACUACACCUGGUACAAGGAGAAUAAAGCACUGCCUCUAGGACCAGAGGGCAGUCAUCAUUUCACCUCCAUCAGCUCUGAGGACAGAGGAAACUACUUCUGCAAAUCAGAGAAUCAGUAUGGACAGAUCAACUCAUCAUAUGUCUUUAUAAAUGUUCAGUAUGCUCCAAAGCUUCCCUCUGUGUCAGUGACUCCGUCUGGAGAGAUAGCUGAAGGCAGUUCAGUGACUCUGACAUGUAGCAGUGAUGCUAACCCAGCAGCUAAUUACACCUGGUACAAGGAGAAAGAAGACUCACCAAAGGCACAUGGACAAACCUUCACCAUUGACAAGUUUAGUCCUGCACACAGUGGGGCUUACCAGUGUAAAGUCCAGAACAACAGAGGACAUCAUAGCUUGACCUUUCUCUUGGCUGCUGUACGGUUAAGUGGGAAUGGCACUGGUACGCCCUUUUACUUACUGAAAAUCAAGUUGUUGCCAAUCAGAUGCUUUGCAUGGUGGAUCAGAGUACACUUGUCUGCAUUCAUAAUUCCAAAUACUGUGACAAAAUCCUGAACAACACUGGCUGAAAAGCCACCCCAAACUACCACAGAGCCUCCAUCAUAUUUUAAAGACAGCUUUAAGGCCCUUUCACAUAGGACGCUGCAUGCCGAUUGCUGCGGUCUGAAACGCUCUUAUUUCUAUUGCUUGUGCUGUGCAAAUUCAGUUUCCCAUUAUAGCACGGCAUUCUUGGAAGUGAGAAGUAAUUGUGCAUACCAGUUGAACUUUCACAGCAGCGUGCUGUGACGUACAUUCGUGUGACCAUUAGAAAUAAAUCCUACUAUGCUAGGUUCAUGCACACAACCACACAAUGAAGGAAAACAUUCUGUAAAUACCAAGUUCAGUGAACUUUUUUGACACAAGUUUCAAAAUGAGAAUCAGAAUACUCUAUUGAUCCCUAGGGAAAACUAUGUGGGUUACAGUGCUCCAGUAAAAACAGUAACAAAAAGACAAUACAAGAAAUAAGAAACAGCACAAUAUAUACAU